AUGGCGCAGGUGCUGGCGGUGCUGGUCAAGCCGAAGGAGCUCUCCAUCAUCCACGCCAAUCUCAAACCAGAGAACAUCAUGCUGGUGGACCACAUGCGCUAUCCUUCCCGCGUCAAGCUCAUCAACUUCGGCUCCACCAGCAUCCUCACUGAGGUCUGCCAUGUCAAGGAACCCUACAUCCAAACCCGCUUCUACCGGGCACCGGAGACCUUGUUAGGGUUGCCCUUCUGUGAGAAGGUGGAUGUCCGGUCUUUGGGUUGCAUGAUGGCCGAGCUUCAACUUAGGUUGGCCACCGACGAGUAUGACCAGGUCCGCUACAUCCGCUCCACUUUGGGGCUACCACGGUGUGAGUCGCUCUGUGCCGCCGGGAAGACGUGGUCCUUCUUCCGACGGAGGCGCUGGCUGAGUACUGUCAAGAUGGUGGAGGUGGUCAAGAAGAUGCUCACCCGGGACUCGCACGAGCGGCUCACAGCCAGCGCCACCCUCAAGCACCCCUUCGUCUCCUCGCGGCAGCUGAAUCAUAGACUCAUCAAAUCGUUGAGGCCACCCCGGUACUACCAGCUCCGCCAAGAGGACUCGAGGGCAUCCCGUAAGUAUGCCGGCGCGGUUGAGACCUUCCCUGGCACAGAGGAAGGUGCCUUCAUCCCCACCAGCCAGCGCAGCACCCAGAAGGCCUUCGCCCAGCUGGACGGGCUCAGCCAGGUGGGGACACCGGUGACAAAAGCCAGCAGGACGUCUGCCAAGCUGCCAUCCCCACCCACUACGGCACCCAGCACCGCCAGCGUCAUCGGCGUCCCAAGAUGGAGCACGCUGCCAGAAACUCGAUCACGCCGGCAUCUCCCGGCGGAGGGGAGCAGCGCGGCCACCGCGACGGCGGCGUGGGCUUUCGGUGGCAUGGUGGAGCAGAACCUGCCAGGAGAUGGUGUUGCCGGCACUGGUUCUCGCAGCGAUUCCCCCAAGAAACUGUUUGCCAACUGCUGA